AUGUUUUGGCUUCCACUCCUUUACGUGAUUUCAAAUCUCUCCUUAUCACUAGCUCAGACAUGUAGCCCUUCAAGUCCAUGCGAGAUAGGAUGUUGCAACAAAUGGGGAAGUUGCGGUUUUGGACCAGACUAUUGCGGCGAUACAUGCAUCUCCGACUGUGGUAGAAAGUCCGAGUGCAAUCCAGGCUUCGGAUCCGAAUGGAGUGAUCGAGAUAAGUGUCCACUCAAUGUUUGCUGUUCUAAACAUGGCUUUUGCGGGACAACGGAAGAAUUUUGUGGCGAUUCCAAAGUAAACCGAAAGUCCUGUUCAAAGACCAACGGCAACGCUCGAAUAGUCGGAUACUUCGAGGGGUGGGCUCAGAACCGGCCGUGCAAUGUCUUCUGGCCUGAACAAAUUCCCAUCGGUCUUUACACGCACAUAAAUUUUGCCUUCGGAACUAUCGAUCCAGCGACCUUCAAAGUUGGGCCUGCAGCGUCCACUGAUAUUGGUAUCUACAAGAGGCUGAUGCUUAUCAAGAAGAAGGAUCCGGAUCUGAAGGUUUUCAUUGCAAUUGGCGGUUGGACGUUCAAUGAUCCUGGGCCAACCGCAACCACAUUCUCGGAUAUUGCAGCAUCGGUACCGCGACAGAAGACUUUCAUUGACUCACUAUUAUCGUUCAUGUCAACUCAUGGUUUUGAUGGUAUCGACCUAGACUGGGAGUAUCCAGUAGCUGAAGAUAGAUCAGGGAGGAAAGUGGACUUCGAGAACUUUACAAAGUUUAUGGAGAGACUGAAGUCAUCACUCAAGGCAGCAAACAAGGGAGUUUCUAUCACCAUUCCGGCUUCAUAUUGGUAUUUGCAGCAUUUCGAUGUAAAAGGCCUAGCUAAAGCGGUCGACUGGUUCAAUGUCAUGUCUUAUGACAUGCAUGGUACAUGGGAUAAAGGAAACAAAUGGACGGGAAACUUUCUCAACGCGCACACGAAUCUUACUGAAAUCAGUCUUGCACUUGACUUACUUUGGAGAAACGACAUCAACCCUUCUCAAGUCGUGCUAGGUCUCGGAUUCUACGGGCGCGCAUUCACUGCCUCAAGCUCCUCCUGUCUCGAGCCCAAGUGCACAUUCGAGUCGGGCGGAGAAAAAGGGCGUUGCAGCAGGGAGGUCGGAAUCUUACUCAACUCAGAAAUUGAUGAGCUUGUGAAAAAGAAUGGAGUCACGCCCAAACAUUACAAGACCGAGGCUGUGAAGAUUGCUUCAUGGGGAAACCAAUGGGUUGGAUUCGAUGAUGAAGAAACCCUUCGUCAGAAAUCGGAGUUCGCUCAGAGUCUCUGUAUGGGCGGACUCAUGGUUUGGGCAAUCAGUCAUGAUACUGAAGACGCAAAGUACAACAGAGCUCUAGCAAAGGUCGCCAAUCGUAAAAUCACAUCCCUGCCCCUGAAAGAUGGGCCCGACGAAGCCUUCGACCAUAUCGAUGUCAAAAACGAGCAGUGCAAGUGGACAAAUUGCGGCGAAUCAUGCCCCACUGGCUGGAUUCACAUGCGGCGCGAAGAUAAGGGAGCCGGCAAGAACGAGUACAUGCUAGACGAGAGUGGCUGCUGGGGCACUGGUACGCACGCCUUUUGUUGUCCGUCAGAUCACGAUAAGCCAACCUGCGGCUGGUAUAGCCACAACAAUGGUGCAUGUAAGCCCGAUUGUCCUGCUGGUACGGUCGAAGUCGGGUCCAACGACAAAUACUGCAAGAAGUCAUAUCAAGCAGCAUGCUGCACAACGUCCAGCAAGAGCAUGAAACUAUACAGUACCUGCGAAUGGGGCAUGUUUCCCCAUUGCGAUGAACAGAAAGAAUGUUCAGGAACCAAAAACAAGUUGCUGGCUUCGUCGUCCAAUGGCUCUGGUGGUUCCACAUGCAAUAUGCACAAGGACAACCCUCUUAAUCCUAGCCAAAGACAGGAGCGAAAGUUUUGCUGCGAUACAAGCAAUGAGAAGUCUUCUUUUGGAGACUGCGAAUGGUUCGAUGGUCUCGGUUUUGGGCCAUCUGGAAAGUCAGAUAGCUUCUGUCUCAGUGGUUGCCCUAACGAGCGUAUCCGAGUGUCGAUGGAACAUAACUCGGAAGAUUGCUACAAGGCAGGGGGCAGUAAAUCAAAGUGUUGUUUACCACGAUACUUCGACACUAUCGAGGUUGAAAAUCCGAAGCUAGACGGCUACCGAGAUGACCUUCGACGAUACAUGGAAGAUCCAAAGUGUGCAAACCCUGGGUCAGAAGUUGGGCUCAGCUUCAUUUUGUCUUUGACACAUGAGAACAAAACGACUACACAGCGCAGUCUCGCCAGAAGAGUAACAAACCCCGGAGCCAAAGGAGCGGAAAGCCUUUUACUUGCCUUGAUUACCAAAGCUGGGACGGAAAGUAUGCUAGGCGAGAUGCAAAGAAUAUGGAACGAUAACAUGGGUACAAAGUAUCCAAAGCUUAAACUGCCGGGCUUGAGAGACUUCGUGAAAGGCCUCAAGAGCUACGCAACCGAAGGCCCGAUUCAAGUGGUUCACGAUAUCAUUUGUAGCCCAAGCCACUGGAAUGCACUGGCUGGAAAGACCGGGCCCACCUGUGAGGAAUCAAGAUGUACCACAGAGUCUUGCGAAGACAACUCAAAACGAUCAGUGGCCGCCAGAUCGCAUAAACAUGCACAUGCUCUGGUCAAAAGAGUCGGUUCUUCGCGUGACUAUCAUCCAGUACUAACCUCUUCACAUUUCGUUCGUCUGACUUCCGCACAGUACUACCAAACUCCAGACUACGCACCCAAUGCACCUAUACUAGAUGAAGCGGUUGAUUUCGUUAACCGUGGAGAUUGCCCCAAUACUCGUGUUACGCACUUCGUGAUUGACGAAUGGCUUACACAGCUUACAGUGGAGCACCCAUUAGACGGCAACGUAAUGAUGCAAUUCAUGGAAGAUGCAGCUGCUGGAAGAUUAAGGAGUGGAACAGUACUACAGAACAGACGAGUAGCAAUCUCCUUCUUCCAGCAAGUGCAGACACUUCCCAUGAUACCUAAUGCCCCGCCACUACCCGGAGGUGCACAGCAUAACAGACUGUUCGAUAGAGUCAUGGACUGUCUUGGUAGUACAUCAAACACUGCCAAUUUUGUCCUCGCUCACAAGGAGAUCAACGUCGUGAAGUCAUUUCUCAUGCGGGGUGCUCGACCCGUCUCGAUUGGUAGAAUGCAAGAAAUGGCCAGCAACAUGGCUCGACCUGAAAUACCACUCCGAGAGAUCCGCGAUGCGAUCGGCUUCAUACGUUACAUGAAUCACCAGGCCACGCCGAACGUCAACCAGCGUCUUACAAACAUCGUAAACUGCGUGGACGAGCAGCUCGGGCAUGGGGAGAGUGUAUGGAAUGCCGCCAUGCCUAACGACCAGGUCGCACUCCGCAGCUUCUGGCGAAUUUGGAUCCGAGACUUUUUCAGGUGGGUGAUGGGUAAUACGACGACGUUCUCAGAGAGUAUUAUCAGGGAGAUGCGACUGCAUUGGGGAGUGAGUACGGGAGAAUUUGCGGUGCAAGUAUUGGAGAUUUUGGACAAUCUCGAAAGUCAACUGUCUGGAUUGAGCAUUGAUACUAGAGGGUUCAAUUAG